CCCAGAAGGCUGUGCGGUCGAGAGCCUCGGGCGGCCUUCCGGGGGGUUCCGCUAGUUUCCUCGCAGUGGGCUCUGUUCCAGCCGGAUGUAGUGGCCUGGCCUGGCUGGAGGGGCGGCCCAGCGAGGGUCGUGCCUCCUGGAGCCGCCCCCAGGACGUGAGUCCUGGAGGAGGCGACGGUGACUCCAGUUGUUGAGAAGACUAUGAACAAGUCAGAGAGCUUGUUCUUUACUGGUUCCUCAUUAGCGUCCCAAGUUCAUGCUGCUGCUAUUAAUGGAGAUAAGGGUGCUCUUCACAAGCUCAUCGUAGGAAACUCUGCUCUUAAAGACAAAGAAGAUCAGUUUGGGAGAACACCACUUAUGUAUUGCGUGUUGGCUGACAGACUAGACUGUGCAGACACUCUUCUGAAGGCCGGAGCAGAUGUUAAUAAGACUGACCAUAGCCAGAGAACGGCCCUCCAUCUUGCAGCUCAAAAGGGGAAUUAUCGUUUCAUGAAACUCUUACUUACUCGCAGAGCAAACUGGAUGCAGAAGGAUCUGGAAGAAAUGACUCCUUUACACUUGACCACCCGGCACAAGAGCCCUAAGUGUUUGGCGCUUCUGCUGAAGUUUAUGGCACCGGGAGAAGUAGAUACACAAGAUAAAAACAAGCAAACAGCUCUGCAUUGGAGUGCCUACUAUAAUAACCCUGAGCAUGUGAAGCUGCUUAUCAAACAUGAUUCCAACAUUGGAAUUCCUGAUGUUGAAGGCAAAAUCCCACUUCACUGGGCGGCCAACCACAAAGAUCCAAGUGCUGUUCAUACAGUGCGAUGCAUUCUGGAUGCUGCUCCAACAGAGUCUUUACUGAACUGGCAAGACUAUGAGGGUCGAACGCCUCUUCACUUUGCGGUUGCUGAUGGGAAUGUGACAGUGGUUGAUGUCUUGACCUCAUAUGAAAGCUGCAAUAUAACAUCUUAUGAUAACUUAUUUCGAACCCCACUUCAUUGGGCAGCUUUACUAGGCCAUGCACAGAUUGUCCAUCUCCUUUUAGAAAGAAAUAAGUCUGGAACCAUCCCAUCUGACAGCCAAGGAGCAACACCCUUGCACUAUGCAGCUCAGAGUAACUUUGCUGAAAAUGUUAACACUCUCUGGAUGUUGGAUCUUACAAAGCUUUUGUUAAUAUUUGUUAGGUAUGAAAAUGGGACUAUCCUUUGUUUGCAUUGCUGGGGCUGGGGUUCCGCUAACCACAUUCCCCCUUUGUCAGCAGGGGAGUCACCCAUAGAGGGCAAAAGAGGAAAAGAUAAUAAAGUAGUCAUUGAGAAGAGGACCAACAGACCAAGAGUAACUGAGAUUUCAGACCAACAGGAUGGAAAGGAAGAAAACACUUUACAUGCUGCUGCCCUUUCCGGCCAUGUCAGCACCGUGAAGUUAUUAUUGGAAAAUAACGCUCAAGUCGAUGCUACUGAUGUCAUGAAACAUACUCCACUUUUCCGAGCCUGUGAGAUGGGACACAAAGAUGUGAUUCAGACCCUCAUUAAAGGUGGAGCAAGGGUAGAUCUAGUUGACCAAGAUGGACAUUCUCUUCUGCAUUGGGCAGCACUUGGAGGAAAUGCUGAUGUUUGCCAGAUAUUGAUAGAAAAUAAGAUCAACCCGAAUGUGCAGGAUUACGCGGGAAGAACCCCGUUGCAGUGUGCUGCCUAUGGAGGGUAUAUCAACUGCAUGGCGGUGCUCAUGGAAAACAACGCAGAUCCUAACAUCCAAGACAAAGAGGGAAGGACAGCUUUGCACUGGUCCUGUAACAAUGGAUACCUUGACGCCAUUAAAUUACUACUAGACUUUGCUGCUUUCCCUAAUCAAAUGGAAAACAAUGAAGAGCGGUACACCCCGCUUGAUUACGCUUUGCUUGGUGAGCGCCAUGAAGUGAUCCAGUUCAUGUUGGAACACGGCGCCCUGUCCAUCGCAGCCAUACAGGACAUCGCUGCCUUCAAAAUCCAAGCUGUCUACAAAGGGUACAAGGUCAGAAAAGCUUUCCGGGACCGGAAAAAUCUCCUCAUGAAGCAUGAACAGCUGAGAAAGGAUGCUGCUGCCAAGAAGAGAGAAGAAGAAAACAAGCGGAGAGAGGCGGAGCAGCAGAAGGGAAGGCUGAGCCCAGAUGCCUGCAGACCCCAAGCCCCUCCUUGUCUGCUCAGUGCCCAGGCUGAGCCCCGCGGGCAGAGCUGGGCCCCCAGCAAGCAGCCUCCCUGCAGUGACACAGCCCAGGGCCCUGAGCGGAAAGCCUGCGGACGGUCUUCAGGCAGAGGGUCUCCAAGCAGAGCCCCCCAGAAGGAGCAGCGUCCUUCCCCAGACCUGCAGAAAACAGUCCCCAGAAAGCCAAAUGAAAUAUCCAGAGAACAUUCUAAAGGCCGACCUGCCUGUGUCCACUUCAGCCCCAGUCAAGGCAAUGACGGAAGCCGGCGUCCUGGAGUCUCCUCUGUCGAGAAGUCCAGAGGUGAGACGGCUGGCGAGCAGCAGUGCGACAAGGGGAAAGGCUCCUUGAAGCAAACCUCCUGUGUCAGGGUGGCUGGGCCUGAGGAGGAAGGAGAGGACCCCAGCCGGGCAGCAGCAGGCCUCCCGCGGCAGGAUGGCCCCUGGAAGCUCAGCCGGCCGCCAGACGCAGCGUCCAAGGCCAGAUGCGCCUCCCAGAAAAGGCGCCUCCAGGAGCUCAGAGGAGGAAGGCGCUCCCCGGCUGGGUCCAGCCGGCCCGGCAGUGCCAAGGGGGAGGCGGUCCAUGCUGGGCAGAGUCCUCUCCACCCCCGGACACCAAGAAACACAGUGACGCAGGACAAGCUGGCAGGAGGGACCUACUCAGAUUUGCCACAGAGGACAGAGGUGUUGAGGUCAGGAGUCAGGAAGUCGAGGACAUCCGUCCCGUCUGAGGACGCUCAGCCAUCUACGGAGACUGAUCUGGCGCCUGGCGCCCUCUCUGGGCAGAGUGUGAGUAUCGACCUUCUCCCCGUAGAGCUGCGCCUGCAGAUAAUCCAGAGAGAAAGAAGCAGGAAAGAGCUGUUCCGCAAAAAGAACAAGGCGGCGGCGGUCAUCCAGCGGGCCUGGAGAAGCUAUCAGCUCAGGAAGCACCUGUCCCACCUUCUACACAUGAAGCAGCUUGGAGUCAGAGAUAUGGACAGAUGGAACCGAGAAUGCAUGACUUUGAUCCUCCAGGUUUGGAGGAAGGAACUGGAACUGAAACCUCCAAAGACCUCGGCAGUAAGCAGGACCACCAAGAGUCCAUCCAAGGGCGGCUCGGGCACAAAGCCCACCAGGCAUUCAGUGCUCAAGCAAAUCUACGGUUCUCAAGAAGGGAAAGUACGCCAACCCACAAGAUCUUCAAAAGCCCAUUCUGUACUGCAUCUCAAUUCAGUGAGCAACUUGCAGUGUAUACAACUCCUUGAGAACAGUGGAAGAUCAAGGAAUUUUUCUUAUAACCUGCAAUCAGCUAAUACAUCAAAAACCAAAACAAAGCUUCGACUGCCUCUGGAGGAAGACUGUACCCGGAGGAGCACAAAAUAGCUAGUGCAGAUUUCAAGUUCUUGCUGAUAAUCUUUCACACUUUGGGAGAACUUUAAUAUCCAUGUCCGAAGCUUUAUCAGCCUGAAAAUGUGGUAACAACAGGAAAUGCCAGUGUUUCCUUCCUGCUGUCACAUAGCACUGUUAAGUAAAUGCCUAGCCUGUGCUGAAAGGACCAAGGUAGACUACUCCCAUGCAAAACUGCUUAGCUGGCUGCCUCCAUGCUGGUCAGUAAGGCUGGAAAGGGAAUUCCUAAUUAACAGUACAGUCUAAGUCAAACUCAGAAUGUGAGCACUAAAAGGGCUGCUGGGGUGGGAUUUCUGCCUGCCAGCUGCUGCGACCUUGGUUUGUUGGCUCCAGUGAAGAACUAAUGAGAUGGGGAGGAGGCUGUCCUACAGCAGCUGCCUGCAUUUCACUACUUUCCUGGGACCUAAUGCAAGGAACUUCAUUGCAGAUACCACAUCCUGUUAUUACAACAGUAUCAGUUUUAAUUUUUAGACCAGAAUCAUGACCCAGUGUCUUUUAGAAAUUUUGUAAGACUGUUAACAGGUACACUCUGUUGACUGCUUACAUUUACAGUCCCUGUGUCAGCCUCUGAAGGCCACAGGAUGCUGCCACGUCCUCUGUGCAUGGCGUUCCUACUGCCGAGCACCAGCAGAGGUAUCAGCACCAUGGAAUCCAUCCGGCAGGUUCACAGAGCAGAUCAUUCAUGCAAAAGGUGCCAAUUCGGGCCUUAACAUUGCACUUGCAUUUUCUGCCUGACCUGCAGAGGUGAGCAACCUUGUCAAAAUGCCAUUCCUUUGGCAGGGGAAAAUACUAAAUAUGCAUUCUAGGUCUCUAAGAAAACACCUGGUUUAAAUAAAAUGCAGUGAUUGUGGGCUUUUUCACACAUUUUAAGGGCAAAGCUACUAGGAAUAUAGACAGUAGGAAGAAACAGUGACAUAUUAGGCUCACAAAUGUUUCUAGGACUGCUUCCAUUUUAAGAUUUUAAGCCACCCCUGUCCUGACAGUAAGAGAUAGGAAGCAGUAGUGUUAAUUACCUGGAUUCUUUUUUUUUACAGUUGUCCAGUUAAAUUACUUCAUUAUUAUGAAAAAGCUUAUAAUAGAAAUUAAAAACUGUUAAAAUGGAUCAUUAGUAGAAACUAAUUUUGUAAGCAUUAUCUAGAUCAGACCAAGCAUUGAUUUAGGUGUAGGAAAAUACAAAACUAUAGCACUGUCUUGAAAUCUUGCGCCACUGCACAGAGGGCUAAAAAUCCUCUGUAAACAACAGAACUCUAUAGUGAGAAGCUGCAUGUUGUGACGGAUAAGGACAGCCACUCCCAAACAAAACCCCAAACUAGCCUGGAGCUGAGAACACAAAGGUUUGCCUGGAAGAGACUGCAAAGAUUCAGCUAAUUCCUUAGUAACAGAAGGUACCAUAUCAUCACUCUGUAUUUUGUAUAUAUCUUGCUAUGAAAUACACAGUACCCUACCACUUGUAACCACUCAUAGCCACAUACCACGUGCUAGUCCAGGAAGCCAGCCUGUGCAUCAGAAGAAACGUUUCCUAUUUCAGUGCAAAGGAAAGUUCAUAAACAACUUCUUUAAAAGUUCAGCUUUAAUGACAAACAUUUAAUUACAUCAGUCUCUUUUCAAAAUUAGAUGUGAAUAAACAAUUUCAAACAGGA